UUUUUUUCCGAGAUGGAUCUUGAUUUUCUUUUUUUCGUUGUCGGUUAGUUUCUUUAUGAUGCUUGUUCUCUCGUGUUCUUCCGUUGAUCGAUCGCCCUCCCGAUCGUUAGGAACUCUAGAGUUUAUCCAUCGGAUAUGCUCUGUCGAGCCUUGAUUUUUGGUCUAGCUAGGGUUUUCGCUGUUAGGACAAAUUGGUUUGGCAGCAAGACGCGUAUCUAAGGAUUAGUCAAGAAAAUCUUGAGGAUGAUCGACUAUCAAAGAUAAAAAAAGAUUCUUUUCUUUCUCCUUGCCUGUGUAAUUAUUCGGUUUUGACUUUCUGCAUGUUGCUCGGACAUGUGGUUAGUUGUGGCUUCAAACAUGUUACAGUAUGUGUCUAAGUCAUCUUUACAGACUGACUUGACACAGGCAUGCCUUUGUUAUGGAUGCCACACACUUCUGUCUAUUUUCUUUUAUUUUAUGUUUUGAAACUUGAGGUGUAGUGUCAGUCAUAUCACAGUCAAUAUACAACUUAUGAAAGCAAGAGUUCAUCAUUCGAUAGUCUCAUGAAUCAUUCAGGUAGACUGCGUGACCUACUAAACUGAGUCAUAAAUUAAUUCAGAUAGAUGGUAGUGCAUGAAUUUAAAGUUGAAAGGAUUUUUUAAACAUCAUUUAUCUAGUUUUACAUGGCAUCAUAUUCAUACCAUCAUACAUACACUUAGUGUGAAUGUGUAUAAUCAAGAUUACUAUCAACAAUUUUACAAUCAUCUUUCGAGCUAACCUGAUAAGACUUUAUUUCAUUUUCCUUGUAUAACGCCCUAGUUUACUCUCAGAUUGGAUGUGAAAGGGCAGUUGAGUCGGUUUAUAGGGAGUAUUUAUUAUUUGAUUGGGCUUAAGUAUUUCGGGCUAUGAGUCAGUUAUGCUAUCGGGCUGGGUCAUGACAAAUGGUGUACUAUCUGAUUUAGUAUCUGCCACGGUGGACCAGGGUCCAAGAAAGGGGUACUUGUGGAGGGAACCAGUUCAUCUAUUAACUUCAGUUUAAACAUUGUGGAUCACAUGAUUUAGGGGGUAAUCAAGUUAAUAAAUCAUUUAUCUUGUGGGGCUGGGUUGUGACAGUUUGUGAUACGAGUUUACCUCUGAAUACUUGAUUUUCUUUGGCUGUGGUCCAUAUUGGAGCACUUGAUGUUUUCCUAGCGCAAUCUGGUUAUUUUGUUUAUUUUUUCAAUCUCUAGAUGACACUUCUGGAUAAAUAUCAACAGGGCACUUGAAUGGCUGGCAGAGAAUGGUCAUUUUAACUUUUAAGUAUGGUUUUCUUACUUAACUAGGAUGAGAACAAUCAGUAUUUGGCUCUUCAAGUGAUAUAUCCUUUGGUUGGUCCACUUAUAUCUUCGCUAUUGGAUCUUAAUAAUGUAGCUUGCUGAUAGCAGCUCAAGUCUUCUCUUAUUAUUCAUGACUUCACAUCACAUAGUAGUUUUAAUAUUGGAUUGAUUAUGAAUUUAAAUUGAUAAAAUCUGAGUCAGGAAUAUAUGGAGGUGGAAUUCCAUAUUACAUUUGCUGAUUCUAAGAUUUUUCUUGUCCUACAUAAAUAGGCAUUGGACCAUCAUGACAUUAGUCGUCAAUCUAAGAACUUCUGUGGUCUGUUAGAAAAUUUUGACUGUCUGAAAAAAUAGGACUGAAUCAUUGACAACCAAUGACUACCUAAGCAAAAUAAUCUCAGAAUCCAAAGACUUUUGAAGUUUAGAAAUUUUAAAACAAAUCUGUGGAACAGUACCUAGCUUUCCCCCUUGAGUAAUCUAUAUGAAUCCAAGCUAUAGUUCCUCUAGAGUAUUGCACACCCUGCCUUUCCUUCUCUGGACUAUCCAUCUGCUGUUGUGAGCAAUAAUUACUUCAGAUAACAUGAAUUUCACUGAUACUGUUCUUUUUGGUGUGUUUUACGUGGCAUCUUCCAGCUAAGUGUCCAGUCAUCAGCUUGCUAGUUCCCACAUGUACAUUUAUCCGUCCUGCUUGAGAAAAGUUAUAGAAAUGCUAUUUUAUAUAAUUUGGUGGUUUAAUGAUUCGCUUACUGCACAGCUGACUUGUGUUGACCAGCAACCUGUUGUAUAAUUUUUAUGGAAAAACCUGUAGAUGAGUUGGCCACAGUACAUAUUAGUUCUAGAUGAUUAUUGAUUAUGUUAUUUUCUUCUGCUGAGUGCAGCUUUUUUCAAUUAUUCAGUGUUCUGAGCACAUUCUGAAAUUGUGAAGACAUCUUGUUCCAUUGUCGUAGUAUAAAAUCUUUCAGCAUACAAUGUCUAGUUCUACAAAAUAUGCUGAUCCUGCGUUUCAGGGAGUUGGACACAAAGUAGGAACAGAAAUAUGGCGUAUUGAGAACUUUCAACCAGUGCCUAUACCAAAGUCUGAUUAUGGUAAAUUCUACUCUGGAGAUUCAUACAUAAUUUUACAGACAACUGGCAAAGGUGGCACCUACCUUUAUGACAUUCACUUCUGGAUUGGAAAAGAGUCAAGCCAAGAUGAAGCUGGGACUGCAGCAAUCAAGACUGUUGAACUUGAUGCAGUUCUUGGAGGUCGUGCAGUUCAACACAGGGAACCCCAAGGCUUCGAGUCUGACAAGUUCUUGUCAUACUUCAAACCAUGCAUUAUUCCUUUGGAAGGAGGAUUUGCCUCUGGAUUCAAGAAGCCUGAGGAGGAAAAGUUUGAAACACGACUUUACACUUGUAGAGGAAAACGGGUUGUCAGAAUGAAGCAGGUUCCAUUUGCCCGGUCAUCACUAAAUCAUGAUGAUGUGUUUAUCUUGGAUACUGAAAAGAAGAUAUAUCAGUUCAAUGGUGCUAACACAAAUAUCCAAGAAAGAGCUAAAGCUUUAGAAGUUAUACAAUAUUUGAAGGACAAGUACCAUGAAGGGACUUGUGACAUUGCGAUCAUUGAUGACGGAAAAUUACAAGCUGACUCAGAUUCUGGUGAAUUCUGGGUCCUUUUUGGUGGCUUUGCACCAAUUGGCAAAAAGGUGGUCAGUGAAGAUGACACUGUUCUAAAAACCAGUCCUGCAAAGCUUUAUGGUAUUAAUGAUGGUCAGUUGAAGUUGGAAGAAAACAACCUUUCAAAAGCAAUGUUGGAGAACAAUAAGUGCUAUUUACUGGACUGUGGGGCUGAGGUUAUCAUUUGGGUUGGCCGAGUGACGCAAGUUGAAGAGAGAAAAGCUGCCAGCAAAGCUGCUGAGGAUUUCAUCAUCAGUCAAAACAGACCAAAAACAACACGCGUCACUCAAGUUAUUCAGGGUUAUGAAACACAUUCAUUCAAGUCAAAAUUUGAAUCGUGGUCAGCUGGUACUGUGACAGGAAUGGGAAAUUCUACUGGAGAGGAGGGACAAGGAAAAGUUGCAGCUUUGCUAAAACAACAAGGCGUUGAUUUUAAGGGAAUCUUAAAAGGCUGUCCGGUAAAUGAGGAAAUUCCUCCUUUGCUUGAAGGCGGUGGAAAACUUGAGGUUUGGCGCAUUAAUGGUAGUGCCAAGAACCCACUUCCAAGGGAAGAGAUUGGUAGAUUUUACAGUGGAGAUUGUUAUAUUGUGCUUUAUACAUAUCGUUCUGGUGAGAAGAAAGAGGACUACUUAUUAACCUGUUGGAUGGGAAAGGAUAGUAUUCAGGCAAGUGGCAAUGACCAUGUAUUUCCUGAGGAAGCGAAAGAAAAACUUCCAUUCUCAGUUCUUUUGAGUCAUGAUGUUAUCAAAAGCUUUCUAUGGUGCAUCUACCCUCUUAGAAGCAAUGUGGUUUGGAUUUUGGAUGCUUAUAAUCCAUUAAAAUUGCAAACUUUGAUGAAAUUAAUCUUUUCAAAGUCUGUUAAGACUGAUACAGUUGCAACAUCAUUGAGUUCUACUGAUUGUUUUAUUUUGCAAUCCGGGAAUUCAUUAUUUACAUGGCAUGGAAGUUCAAGCACUUUUGAACAGCAACAGUGGGCUGCACGAAUUGCAGAAUUUUUAAAGCCAGAUGUAGCACUAAAGCAUGCCAAGGAGGGAACAGAAAGCUCUGCUUUUUGGUUUGCUCUUGGUGGGAAGCAAAGUUUUACAACCAAAAAGGUCACACAAGAUAUUACUAGAGAUCCUCACUUGUAUACAUUUUCAUUCAAUAAAGGAAAGCUAGAGGUGACUGAAGUUUAUAAUUAUUCUCAAGAUGAUUUGUUGACUGAAGACAUGUUGGUUCUUGAUACCCAUGCUGAAGUCUUUCUCUGGAUUGGACAGUCAGUGGAUUCCAAGGACAAGCAAAAGGCAUUUGAUAUAGGACAAAAAUAUAUAGAGCUUGCAGUGUUGUUCGAAGGUUUAUCUCCAGAUGUACCACUUUUUAAAGUCACGGAGGGUAAUGAACCUUGUUUUUUCACGACAUAUUUCUCUUGGGACAGUGCAAAGGCUACGAUUCAUGGAAAUUCUUUCCUGAAGAAACUGGCACACCUAUUUGGGGCAUCCAUUCAUGCUUCAGAGUCUAAAGACAAGUCUACUGGUGUGCAUCAUGGUGGAGCCACUCAGAGGGCAUCAGCCCUAGCAGCACUAUCAUCUGCAUUUAAUCCGUCUUUAAACAAUAAAACCACGGCACCAAAGCCAUCACGAUCAAGCCAAGGAUCACAACGAGCAGCUGCAGUUGCUGCAUUGUCAUCUGUUUUAGCUACUGAACAAAAGAAGGGAGAAUCAGAGACCUCUACAAGAAGAUUUAGCAGAAGCCCUUCCCCUGUUCCUGUUGGGACCAUAAAUGAGUCUGCAAAGACUGAAAGUGCAGGCUCAGAGUCGGGGGAUUCACUUGAGAUUUCAGCUGAGAAGGAAACCACAGAAGGGAAUGGCAUUUUAUCAGAUAGCAAUGGUGCAGAUUCAGAUGUGGCAACAAAUCCCCAAAUAGAUGAGAAUGGGGGUGAAUGUACAUUCACUUAUGAACGUUUGAAAGCCAAGUCCAGCAAUCCUGUCAGUGGAAUCGACUACAAACGCAGAGAGGCCUACUUAUCUGAUGCUGAGUUCCAGACGACUCUGGGUAUGACUAAAGAGGCAUUCUAUCGGCAACCCAAAUGGAAACAGGAUAUGCAGAAACGGAAGGUGGAUCUCUUCUAAGAAUGUGCCUUCUGGAGUCAAGGGACCUUUUACGGCUCGCUCUACAUUGUACCUUCACUAUCUGCUUGCUUUGGAUCCUUUCAGGUAUUUGGUUGUUUGAUGAUCUGGAGACACAUUAUGAGUGGUACAAGCUUUGCUGCUAUUUGUUGACUGAGAGAUAGAUGUAUGUUUGUCGUGGGUGGGUGGGUUUGGGAGUUGUUGGUUAUUCUUUUACUUGUAGCAGUCUCCAAUCCAAUUCAUAUAAUUUGGUUGCUUAGCUCAGUUCUGUAAAGAUCCAUAUGUACAUGUAAUGUGUUGGAUACAUAUGGGUUAUCCACACUGUAUCGUGGAUGUCAAAACACACUGUUCAAAACUCUCGUUGGUCGUGGAAGCAGUAGGCAGUGGUAAAAAGACAGCGUUUUCUGUUUUUGUAAAUUAUGACAAUUGAUUAAAAAUUAUGACAAUUUUUUUUU